UUGACCUAGAUAAGACUCAGGAAAAGCUGGGCGGCUAACCCAGGCAGAGAACCAGGCUCAGCGCUUGGGUAUUUACGGACCGAGGACAGACUAGCUUUUCAGCAGGCAAAAUAGAUUCCCUAAAAAAACAGGAGGCAGGAAAAGGGGCUAUGAUGUGGCCCAACUUUUUCCUUCAGGACCGGGAGCAGCGCAUAGCCAUGCGCAGGCGGGGAGGGGGCCAACGGCAGAAAGUCCUAACGGAUGAUCAGGAAGGCAAGAUCAAGCUGGCUUUCUUUGUGGCCAUUGUGGGAAUGACCCUGACGGUGCUGGCGGUGGGCACCGAAUUCUGGGUGGAGCUCAACACCUACAAGCAGAACCACUCUGCCAUCUGCGAGGCUGCCCACUAUGGCUUGUGGAAAUUCUGCUACAAGAAACUGUGGGUCUAUGAUGUGGGAGACGAGAGAGACACCUGUGGGCCUGCAGAGCUGCCUGGUGAAGCUAACUGUUCUUAUUUCAAAUUCUUCACUACUGGGGAGAAUGCUGACAUCUUCCUAAGGACUACAAAAAAGGAACUGAACAUCACGGCAGCCGUUGUGUCCCUCCUCAGCAUCACCUUGAUGGCCAUGGGGGCUCUCUGCAUCACAAUGGCCCUGAGCAAAGGAGUUGAGUUCCUCCUGAAGCCAGCAUCCUGCUUCUUCAUAAUAUCAGGACUGAUGGUGUUGGUGACUCUGGAGCUUUUCCGACAAUCGGUUCGGUGGCUGAUCACCUCCAAUAAGACCAUCCCACUGGAAUAUGAGUAUUCCUGGUCCGUGGCUUGCGCAGUGUCUGCAGGGCUGAUUCUGAUCUUUGGGGGAGCCUGCUUCAUCCUGUUAUCCAUCCCAGGUUUACCCAAAAAGCCCUGGGAAUAUUGCAUCAGAAGAAGAAGCACCAGUAACCAUGCUUCCUAAAAACCCCUUUGGAGGAAAAACCAAAGUCUCUCUUUCUCUCACUGUGCAACCUUUACACACAUAUAUGUGUGUGCAUGCACACGCACAGAGGUGGAAAGAAUCAAUCUUCCCCUUUCUACCCACCUGCCCCAUUUCUCCAACCUCUGGACACACUUUUUUUCCCUGUUUUGUAAAUAGAAUCAGUUGUGCUUGUCUUGUUUUAAUUUGGGGUGGGGGGGAGGGAGGGGGGAACCAUGAGAAAAGCACUCUGUUUAUGAAUGAGGGACAGCUGUGUUAGUGAGCUGGGACAUUACAAAGGGAGGGAGGAUAAGGGGCUGUAUUUAAAACCCAGUUUUUAUAAACGGCUAUUUUUAGCUCAACAAGAGGACUUGUGUCUUGGAAGUCUUUUAAAUUAACAAGGGGUGAGAUGACAAAAUCUCAUGUCAGUUUCCCUCCUUGGCAAAGUUCCACCCAGAAUAAAAAUGGCAAUUCUUCCAUUGGAAAAUCGAGCUCAUGAAAGAACAAAAGGGACUGUCCAACUGGGCUUACACGUUGAGAAUUUUUAUUUUUUGAAUACCCUCCAGACAUACCAAAAAAUAUGAUCCCUGGCUGGGUCCUCUUAUACUGAUAGGGAGACAGAAGUUUCCAGCCUAGAGGUCCCCCAAAACACAGGUGAAUUUCCAUCUAGUAUCCUGUCAGCUAACCAGCCAAGACCAACAACAGUGAAAUCAACUGAGGGGUAAAGUUCUCAAAACUCAAUUUUUCUCCCCCCAUUAAAAGUGUCAGCAUUUUAAAAAAAUACCUCUUGCAACUUUUCCAGAGAAUAAUAUUUCUAAGAGCUCAGUCCAUCUGAUAAUCCGACAUGAAUUACAACUCUCUACUCAGAGACGGCAC